AUACUAACAAAUUGGUGAUGACUAAAACUGAAAUUGAAGAGUUGGUAAGAAAUACAAUGGCAUUUACUCAAUCUGCGCCAGGUAACAAGUUAAAAUGUCCUAGUCAAAUAGAACCAGAUAAAAUAUAUAGGGACCCAAACCUAUGCUUGAAUAAUCAAGAAUGGCUUCGAAUGGAUAGUGCGACAGAUUGUCUUAGUACUUUAGCAGGUCUAUCUACUUUACAAUCUUUAAUAGAUACAAUUACUAAAGAAGUAGUUGAUAAAUUUUCUUCCUUCUUGCCUAAGAAAAAUGAAGGAAAU